AUGCACCACCCUCCCCAGGCCCAUCAGAAGCCCUAUGACCAGACUGCUACACCACACCCCAAAUCAUCCAGCCCUCCCCAAUCCACCAACCCAGCCACCACCAAACUGAACCUUCAAAACAUCCCUCCUCAAUGUCUCAAACUAUCCACUUAUAAGAUCGUCCUGCCAGAUAACAUGCUCCGGGCUGUUGCUCCCCCUCCCUGCUCUACAGAGGUCCCACAGUCACCCACUGACCCUACAGCUGUAGCCAAAUCCAGCCGCAGCCCUCGUGCCCUUUCAGACAGCAACUACAGCUCCCGACCAGCCAGACAGCACUUCCUAGAGCUGCACCUCUUACUUUGUAACCUGGUUUCCAGCUGUGUGUCCCACACCCCACCCACAGAGCUCCAAACCUGGCUGUCCCAGCUGGACAUCUCCCUUACCUCCACCGCCAUUUCCCCACCCAAGGCCCAGAAGGUGACCUCUCUGCUGGGUUCUGAGGCCAGGGAGGUGUGGCUGAGGGGACCAGAGACCCAGUCUGCCCUCCAGAAUGUGCUCCAGAGACUGGGGCAGUAUGUAGCCCAGAAGCAGUGUCCCUUCCCCCAUGUGAUGAGGGCAGGUGCGGUGUUUGUUCCCAUGCUGGUGGUCAAGGAGCUGCUCUUCCCUCAGGUCCAGGGGGUCUACAUCGACCAGGUUCUCCAGGAGCACAAGGUGGAGUUGAGACCUACCACGCUGUCUGAGGAGAGACACCUGGUGACGCUGCAGAAACGACCAUGUUCCUCCAAGCUCCGCAGGCUCCUGUCACUCAAACACCUGCCUAACAUCUACCCUGACGUUCUCAACCUCUACUAUCACAGCUGUGUCUGCAAGAGCCUUGGUGUAGAGCCAUGUGACACGGCCAGGACACCAGAAGGAACGCUGUGUUCAGAGGAUCGUUGGAAUAGCUCUGCCAGUGGGCUAUGUUCACUGGCCACUAACACUGGACCAUGUUCACAACCCACCAACUGCUGUGACAUUGGAACACAGACCACCACCUCACCACAACACCUGGAGGAAUGUAUCAGUCUGUCUCCGUCUCAGACCCCGAGCUGCAGAGCCACAGCUAGCCUCUCCUCUCAGAGACCGAGAGAUGACCCGAAGAGAGGAUCAUCAUCAUCCUCACACUUUAAGAUGCACAAGAGGAAAGAGGGGAAAGGCAAGAAGAAGAAGAGCUUCCCCAAACCUCUGUUUGUAGGGACGAGGGAUCGCACAGUGUUGGAGGGUGGUGGGAACACAGAGCAGGCUGGAGACUGGAGCAUUCUAAAGAACACUGUUAAUCAGGAGGAGGAAAGGAACGGCCGGCCGGUGUGGAGCAGUGACAAUGCAGGCAGUGACUCUGACAGGAGGGAUGGAAAGAGUGAUGGAGAGAAAACGGGAAAGGGGGAUGGAGAGCGGAAUGGAGGCAAUAAGCUGGAGGAAGAGCCACCAGCCACACCCCUGCUGGAGGAGGAGGAGUCUAACUCCUGGACAUGCCCUUUGACCUCAGACGAGCUGUCUUCGUCUCCUAGCAACAGGGAUCGAGCCUCCACACUAUUGUCCGUGCCGUCCUACAAGACCCCAUCCUCAGGUUCAGCCUGGUCCCAGGGCCUCAGGACGAAGAGCCAGUCAGGGAUGAUCCUCAAGCUGAGGAAGGUGUUGUUUCCUGAGGGACGUAAAGGACAACAGACGCGAUACCAGACUGUCUCUGUCUCAGACCUUGAACUGCGCCGACACAGUCAGCCUCCUCUCUCAGACAGCCAGCCUCUCCUCUCAGAGACACAGGAUGGGGAGGCCAGGGGAAAGAGGGACAGGGAGGGGGACAGAGGAGAGGCCAGGGAAAGAACCAGGGAUGGAUGUCUUUCCAGGAGGAUGUCCUCCAAGCUCCCCCAGCGAGGGCUGCAUUUCGGGGGCAUCUCUUCUACCCUGCGCCACCUCACCACCUUCUCAUCCUUCAGCCGACUGCCCUCCUCUCUGUCCUCCUCCCUGCACCGCUCCGUCAUGAAGAUCAAGUACUGCCCCUUCUUGUCUGCCUGCCACAGCUCUGACCACCGCCGGCGCCGCUGGAUCCUUCGCUCCGCCGUGCAGCGCGCCCGCUCCGUCAUGAAGAUCUACUACCCAGACCUGGUGGGGAGACGGAUACAACACCUCUACGAGGAGGGGGACGGGACGGAGGUGUGGUACAGGGGUCUGGUGGUGCAGGUACAUGAGCCACACCCUAACCCCCUGAAGACUGUGUUCCAGGUGAAAUAUGACUCUGAACCAGAGUGGCAGUACUACUUGGAGCUGCUCAUAGACUAUAAGAAGGGUUGGCUAAAAAUAGAGGACUGAGACAGGGCUGAGACAGGAUUGAAGGCUAACUGGGCGUUUUGUCUUGUUUGGUUUUUGAAGAAUGGCUGGCUUGAAGAAGAGUGAAUCCUGGUGAAACAUUAUUUUUCCUGUGUGUGUGUGUGUGUGUGUGUUUUCACUGGUUUGUGUGUUUUGACUGUGUUGUUUUUCAAUAGUUUGAUAUGUGUAUCGGUGCUUUUCUCUGGGCCACUUUGUUUUUGCAUCGCCUGGUGCCCCGGGUGGGUGGAGAUUUCACUUUAGGACCAAUGGAAUGGUCUACAAUAUGCAACUUCCACCCCACCCUGUUCACCGGACGACGCAAAACAAACUCGUCCAAUGAUCCUCAAGUUGGUCUUUGCUAGUUUGUUGUUAAACUGUCAGCUGCUGGCUGCCUCCCAAAGGAAUGCUGUUGGACAGGAUGGAGAUGAUUUUUACUUAAGACAGACCGAUUGGUUAAACUGUGCUCCUUGCAACAUGGAAACAUAAAUCUACCACCCAUUAUGUUAAA